CAACACUUCCGCAAACUGUAAUUUUAUACAUUUGACAUCUAAAAUGGGCCUUCGGAGCGCCACCUCAUUCUCUCAUCACAUGCAACGGCCGCUCAUCGAUGACUCGUACAUUUUGUAGCGCAAGGGGUGGUUACAGAUAGUAGUGAACCAAGGCUUGUUGUGUGUGGACAUUAGCUAGCCAGCCAGCUAACGGUAGCUAGCUAGGUUGCUAACAUAUUGUGGAAUUGAAGACGCUUUUCAAGAACAGAUUUUCGACACACGAUUGCCCCACUUGACAGUAGCUAGAAUAUCUACGAGGAACUGGACAAUAUAUAAAUCUGCUAGCUACGCUUACGGCGUUGGCUCGCUUCUCUUUGCUAAGAUUUAGCUAGUUAGUUAGCUAACAAGAAAGGAUAUUCCAGUGACUUAGUCAACAUUAAUCAUCUACCUAGCCAGAUUUAUUUUAAGAUUCCUAGUAAUCGGUGCCAUAUUAUCUAACGUUACACGUCUUGGUGUUGAGCCUUUUUGGUACAAUUUGUUGAUUUUUUUAUCAAGGAACCAAAUCAAAACCAACGCUAGCUAGCCAACGUUGGUGAAACAAUCACGACGCGAGACCGGGUAACUGAUUUCCUAGAUAACGUUAAGAUAAAUAGCUAGCCAGCUAACGUUAGUUAACGUAGCUGUCUAAAAAGCAAGAAAGGAAAUACGCUAUAGUUGUCCAAAAUUGGGGUCUAGAUAUUUUUUAUCCUGGUUGCUGAGGGACACCGAUAAAUCCAUUGACAUGAUGUUUCCACAAUCAAGACACUCGGCUUCCUCCCAGUCCUCCCAGCCUCUCAAGUUCACCACCUCCGACUCCUGCGACCGCAUCAAGGACGAGUUUCAGUUCCUACAAGCACAAUACCAUAGCUUGAAGAUGGAGUGUGACAAGCUAGCUAGUGAGAAGUCAGAGAUGCAGCGUCAUUACAUCAUGUACUACGAGAUGUCUUAUGGGCUGAACAUCGAAAUGCACAAACAGGCUGAGAUCGUGAAGAGACUAAACGGGAUCUGUGCUCAGGUGCUCCCCUACCUAUCUCAAGAGCACCAGCAGCAGGUCCUAGGGGCCAUAGAGAGAGCCAAGCAGGUCACUCCUCCUGAGAUGAACUCUAUCAUACGGCAGCAGCUCCAGGUGCACCAGUUGUCUCAGCUUCAGGGCUUGGGCCUCCCAACGAUGGCCCCUCUCCCCAUGGGUCUGUCUGCUCCUAGCCUCCCUCCAACUUCCAGCGCCGGACUGAUGUCCCUGUCCUCCAUCCUGGCCUCGCACUCCCACUCACAGGCAGCACAUGCACAGGCUCAGGCCCAGCUGGCUAAAGAAGACAAGGCCAGAGAUGCAGCAGAGAGAGAACAGAGGGAAGAGGACGGAGACAAGUCCGACUGAUGGAGGAGUGUGGAUGGGGAGGAGUGGAGAGAGGGGUGAGGGUGAGACAAGUUGGACUGAUGGACAACCAGGAGUGGAUCUACUGUGGGAGGGCUAAGGGGAGGGGAGGGGACUGAGGGUGGGUGAGAAGGUAGUUGAGUGUUGGUACAGUAGGUGUCACCCUGUGGUUCAGCUCUUUAGAGUAACUCUCUGGGCCUCCACUCCACUCCAUCGCUUUCUUUUCUUUCUUUUUAAUCUUUUCUUAUCAUCUAAUCAGUUUGUGUCACCAAGCCUGUUGGACAGGUCUCCCCUGUUUUGAUUCCUUCCUCUUUUUCUUUCCUCCUCUGUUCACUAUUGCCGCUGACAACCCAUUGCCAACAGAUACUACCCUGACCUUUAACCCAGAGAUGCGGACUCGAGUCACGUGACUUGGACAUUCUAUGACUUGAGACUUGACUUGGCAAAAAGAAACAAACACUUGCCACUCGACUUCGACUUCAGCAUCUAUGACUGGAGAUUUAACUUGGAUGAGCUGAAUGAGUCGAGAGACUCGAUUUGUCAUCUCCCUCACAAUGUAGGCCUAUCUGUCCUACAUAUCUGAGUGCUGCAGGUUCUUUGCGUUUUGUUCUGUCUUCACCAAUCAUUUUCACGGAAAUCACAGCUCUCGCAGGCCGGGCAAAAGCACGUUGUCUAGCAAAGCGCGCGGCGCUCUCCACUGUCCUGCGGUAUUUAUUUAGCAAACGUGAUAACACCACUCCUGACAAACACAAGCAAGAACUCUAGACAGAAAUGUUACAGCAGCCUACACCUAAACUGUAUAGGAAGAAAAUGAGAUGAUUUCUCAGUCUGAUCAACUAGGCUACUGAUAAUAGCUGCAGCCCACAGCUGCAUAGGCUACAACCAAUGUGCCCUGUCCCCUCUUGCCCUCUGGCCAGGGUAAACAAAGUGGUAAUGUUACAUAGCCUAUUUAUAGCCCAUUUAUUUGUGUUAGGAGAAAAUGUGAAUGUGAUCACAUUUGGUUUAGGCUAUAUUCAAACAUGGACUGGCUAGGCUACCUUGACCUUUUUCAAUCCAAAAUGAUUAAUUGAAAUUAAUCAAACAAUACUACUGAUAAAAUGGACUGUGUGAGUUACUUUUUAAUUAUAGUUGCAGAGGCCUACACGAUGCAAACCUGCAUAAAGCAAGCUCAGCCCAAUGAGUUCUAUUGUCCAAUUGCAGUGGUUGUCUGUGUAAAGGAAACCCCCCUGUUAGUCUAGUUUUUAAAUAUAAUUAAUAUGAACAAGUACAAGGAUUCUGCAGUUUGACAGGGUUUUCAUCCUCCCUAGGGCCAGGAGUCUUUUUUAAAAUAAAACAAAAACAAAAAAUAUGUGGCCUGAUUAGAAAAUCUUGGGUCCCACUCCCAUCAUUGCAGUUUGUAAAACACUGCAAUGAAAUUAGCAUAAAACACUUAACCAUUGACUUGAGGACUCGAAACCCAAAAUUAGGGACUUGUGACUUGACUCGACCUGAGCUGUGGGAAUUGACUUGAGACUUGCCCGUUAUUUCUUGGGACUUGACUCAAGACUCUAAGCUUAAAACUUGAGACUUGCUUAGGACUUGCAAAAUUGUGACUUGGUCCCAUCUCAGCUCUAACCCUUUAACCCCUAACCUCUAUUCCUCUUCUCCUGGUAUAUGUUGCCCUUUGGCUCAGAUUUAAACGAUCAAAACCUUUGAUCAGUGUCUAGGGACACCUUCCUCUUCCUCCUAUAGGUCUCUGCUGAUUGGAUGCAGAGUUAGUGCUAACUCUGCUCACUGAUCUCAUAGACAGUGUUCUGAAAGGGUCACUUGAUUAAGACGCAGUCAAGUGUAAAAGUCAUAGGAGCUAGAGUGAGUGUGUGUGCAAACGUACGUUUUAUUUUUAUGAAGCACCUUUUGUAUUCUCCCUCCCUCCCGCCCCUGUCUGUCCACUCUCUUAACUGACCAAGUCUAUGGUCCAGUCCCAAAUCAACCCCUAGCCCCUAGGCACUUUCCCCUAGACAGAGGAAGUGUCCGAGGGGUAAGGGUUGAUCCUGGACGGGGCCUAAAUCUAACGGGACCUAAACUUCACUUCAAUCAUGUGCUCAUUCAGAUCAGUUCCUAUUGGUGGAAAGGGAGAGGAAUACAUUUGCCUAUGUCGUUCUGUUGGUUAGCAUAGCACUUGGAGCUAGAAUGUGUGGUGAGCGAGCAUGGUGCCAAACCGUUGAGCACAGCCGUAGCGCACUAACCUAUAACCUACCCGGAGACGCAUAACUGUGUCUUUCUAAUUUGAGGCGAUAAGGUGUAGUUCUUCUCCAGGACAGUAGGUGGCAGCAAUGCCAAACCAGACCCAGGGCUCUAUUCAAUCAAACCCCCAUUUCAGUAUUUACACAGAAGCUAUUUCCCCCGAUGGGUUAAAUUGAAAUCACAGGACCCGAAAUACCUACUACUACUGCCAGGUAGAGUCCCCUUACAGGUAGAUGCUUCAAGUUUUCAGAAUAAGAAGUGUGUGUUCGGGCAGUAGUUUGUAAACCAAGACACUGUAAACUUUGCUAUGGCAGGUUUGAUUGAAUUUAGAGCAAAACUCGGACAUGAAUGGUUUGUGUGUUUCUGUUGUGAAGGGCCCAUUUAUAUACGUAUAUAACUAUAUCAAUAUACAUAUAUACUUUUUUAAGCAUUUUUGUAUGUUUCAAAGCUGCUUUUAGUGUGUAUGCGUGUGAUGGAAGACGACGUUUCAGUGUAGCGUGUGUAUUAUGCGAUGUGCUAUGGAAAGAGAGGUACUAUCCAAUAACCCCCCCCCCUCCCUCCUCUCCUGCCCCCUUGACAAUGCUGAGGAAAUGUCGCCUCCUUGUUGAGCUUUGUAAAUGUAAUUUUAAAAACUCUUUAUUUUGUCGUUGUAUGUGAAACUUCAUAAGCGUGUACUUGGCGAUAAUGUAUGUCAUCUGUGUUAUGGAAAAACCAAUACUUAUAGCUUCAUUUAAAAGAAAAGACGUGACGGGGAAAAGUCAAAUCUAAAGUAAACCAACCAAACAGAAACAUUGACUACACAACAUGACUGAAAGAAGCACUCAGCAGUAAGGAAAUGUCUAUGGUGCCUUACAAAUAAAUGACUCAACGGAGA